AUGAUAGGUGAUGAGGAACGAGUUCAUCAGUGUGGCGAGUGCGGGCUGACGCUCUCUACACGAAGUGCACUAACAGCUCACGCACGCUCUCACCGUACCACUGGAGAUGCACACCGUUGCGACGUGUGUAACAAGACUUUCGCCGUGCCUGCGAGACUGGUGCGCCAUUAUCGGACCCAUACUGGUGAGCGGCCCUUUGAAUGCGAAUAUUGCCACAAAAUGUUCAGUGUUAAGGAGAAUCUUCAAGUUCAUCGUCGCAUACAUACUAAAGAGAGACCUUAUCGAUGUGGAGUUUGUGAUGCAGCCUUCGAACACUCCGGCAAAUUACAUCGCCAUGCUAGAAUCCACACCGGGGAACGGCCACACGCCUGCCCGCAUUGUCAUAAAACUUUCAUUCAAUCGGGUCAGCUGGUGAUCCAUCUACGAACGCACACCGGUGAAAAACCAUACCGAUGUCCGGCACCUGGUUGCGGCAAAGGCUUUACCUGUUCGAAGCAGCUCAAGGUACAUUCGCGUACUCAUACUGGAGAACGCCCGUAUACUUGUGAUAUAUGUCUUCGGGACUUCGGUUAUAAUCACGUGUUAAAGUUACAUCGCUUUCAACAUUACGGCGAGCGAUGCUACCGUUGUACCGUCUGUGACGGAACGUUUAACACAAAAAAGCAAAUGGAAGCUCACAUAUAUAAGGAGCAUGGCGCUGAUACACCGCGCACUCCACAGUUGCCAUCGCCGACAUCUCUUGUAGUAAAUGGAAAUGUUAUGUGUGAUUUAGUGGAAGCAGCAUUGCAACAAUUACCGCCAACUCCUCCAAGCUCCCCUCCCUCACCGCAGUGUCCUUCAAUUGCUACCUGUACGACUGUAACUUCUCCAUCACAAUCACCUUCCCCUCCACCAACAACUUCAAUCCAAUAUACCCUUGAGCCUUCGUCGCUACCGCCAAGGAAACGAAAGCUAAUCCUUCAACCCAAUCCAGAAAUACCAGCGGUUGUCAGACAUACUUCGGUUAUACAGUUUGCCCCUCCCGCAGCACCAGAGUCAUAG